GCAGCAUCCGAACACGCGCGCACGCGCUCUAGCCUCCAUCUCUAGUUCAAUGCGAGAACGUCUUUUCGCGCAAUACAUCCUCUUACCUGCGGUUUUGCUACGGACCUUGUAAAUAAACAGUGACUUAUCGUUUUCGUGAUUUAGUAACAGUUUAGCAACCAAAACUCUUGCGAGUGAGCGAAUCUCGUGGUCAAGUGGUGAAAUGGCCAUCGGUUGUGGAUCGAUCCAGUGUCCCAGUGGCCUCUAGGACAGAUGAUGGUUGCGGACAGCACGGAUGGCUGUGACGCCGCCAUGUGAACCUCCCAGUGUCAGGUACCUCAGUAUGCGGCCCGCUGCUGUCCUCACCCUUCUGGAGUUCCUUGUAGUCACCCUCACACACACUUCUGCCUCUCCCGAAACGACCAAGAGCACCCUGGACCGGUUAGCCAACGUAACCCAGACAAUUUCCCGCCUUCUGGACGGAUACGACAUAAGACUCAGGCCAAACUUCGGAGGGGAACCUCUUUACGUGGGAAUGGACCUUACCAUCGCCAGUUUUGAUUCAAUUAGUGAAGUCAACAUGGACUAUACAAUCACAAUGUACCUCAACCAAUACUGGAAGGAUGAAAGACUUGCGUUUAGCAACAAUGAUGAAGUUCUCACUCUAUCUGGGGACUUUGCUGAGAAGAUCUGGGUCCCCGACACAUUCUUUGCCAAUGACAAAAAUAGUUUCUUGCAUGACGUAACGGAACGUAACAAAUUAGUCCGACUCAACGGAGACGGCAGCAUCACCUAUGGAAUGCGGUUCACUACUACUCUGGCUUGUAUGAUGGACCUGCACUACUACCCCCUGGACUCUCAGAACUGCACUGUGGAGAUAGAGAGUUACGGGUACACAGUGACAGACGUCGUGAUGUAUUGGAGAACCACUCCUGUCAGAGGGGUCGAGGAAGCGGAACUACCACAGUUUACAAUCAUCGGCUACGGCACCAACGACCGCAUUGAGAAGCUGGCCACCGGCGCCUACCAGCGACUCAGUCUCAGCUUCAAGCUCAAGAGGAACAUCGGCUACUUCGUGUUCCAAACUUACCUGCCUUCCAUAUUGAUCGUGAUGCUCAGUUGGGUUUCUUUCUGGAUCAACCAUGAAGCCACGAGCGCUCGAGUGGCUCUGGGAAUAACCACAGUGUUGACCAUGACAACUAUAAGCACGGGAGUGCGAAGCUCACUGCCCAGAAUAUCCUACGUCAAGGCAAUUGACAUCUACUUGGUCAUGUGCUUUGUGUUUGUGUUUGCUGCUCUGCUCGAGUACGCAGCUGUCAAUUAUACUUACUGGGGCGCUCGGGCGAAGAAGAAGUCCAAGAAAACGAAAGAAGCCGAGGAGACGACAAGAAAACCGUCUAUCCCAGGUACCAAAGCAGUAGGCAGUACAGUCAGUGAUGGCUACGCUGGAGGUAGUACAGGAGACGAAAUAAUAGAACUACAAGACAUCCGAUUGUCACCAAUACCGUCGAUUCGUAAUCGCCACAAUAGUGCAAGGUUCUCCACAUCGUCUGGCAUGGUGUUAGAUGACCCCGCUAAGUUUCCCCCGAGUUUCCGCAUGUCCAGGUCUGGCUACACAUUCCCCACCGCACGCCCCGGCUUGAGACUCCGCCAUCGCCCCAACACUCGUCCCCGGCUCCUACACGCAUUCAAACGGGGAGCGUCGGUCAUCAAGGCCUCCAUGCCUAAGAUUAAGGAUGUUAACAUCAUCGAUAAAUACUCCCGAGUAGUGUUUCCCGUCUCGUUUCUCAUGUUCAAUUUGGGCUACUGGGUGUUUUACGUGGUAUGAGGAUCUGCCGAAAGUCCGGCGGACAUUUAACAAGAACCUACUAGAGGGUUGUUAGAGGUAUUGCUCGGCUACUUCAAAAAAUCUUGAGAAGUAACUUUCAUUCCAGACAUUAAAACCUCAUCCAAGUUCGGAUAUCAAAGCUGCUGACACGAUUGUCAGUAAACGCAAAACAUGGAUGCUUUCAACGAAUUAAUUGUUUAGGCCUAUAUUAAGUUAGAACAAAUGAAUGUGAUAUCAUUUUAAACCAUAGUGAGCUGAAUUUUAUGGAUAUCCAUUUUACACUUGUGAUUAUAAAAAGUGAAGUUAUUUUUUGUGAACUUAAAUUUGACGCCGUAUACUUUAAAUAAAUGGACAUAGUUACCUAGAUGAAAUAGAUGUAGUUAUCGCUAGAAUAAGAACUGAUUUUCCUAUUAGAUUUAAACAUCGAGAAGAUAUAUGUAUAGUAUUUUUUUCUUUGUGAAUCUGAAAAAAGCUAAACCUGCAAAAGAGUUUAACACAGGUUUGGCAUUGGUUUUCCUAAAUAACAUGUUUUCUUCUUAAUUUAUGAAUUUGAAUUAAAGCCCAUCCAGGAUGAUGAAUAUUGUACGUUACGUUAUAUUAUAAACCAGGGUUAAUUUAAUUACA